CCAUUCAAGAACACUCAAUAAUUUUAUCUCCAAAGAAGAAGAAGACGACAACUUUCCAAAACUAAAUCUGCUCUACUCUCUCUUCUUCAUCAGUACUACUUCACAAUUCCAAUCCACUGGAUUGGAAAGAAGAAGAAGAAGAAGAAGCGCCAUGAGUUUCAGGGAAGAAGGUAGUGACGAUGGAAGAGAUCUUAAGAAACCGUUUCUUCACACAGGAAGUUGGUACAGGAUGAGUUCAAGGCAAUCAAGUAUGAUGGCUUCUGCUCAAGCGAUUCGAGAUAGUUCAAUCUCUGUUGUUGCCUGUGUUAUGAUAGUAGCUUUGGGACCAAUCCAAUUCGGUUUCACUUCAGGUUAUUCAUCGCCUACUCAAUCCGCCAUCACAGAGGAUCUAUCGCUUACAGUUUCUGAGUACUCUUGGUUUGGUUCUCUGAGUAAUGUUGGCGCUAUGGUUGGAGCAAUUGCUAGCGGCCAGAUUUCUGAGUACAUUGGACGCAAAGGGUCUUUGAUGAUUGCAGCCAUUCCGAAUAUCAUUGGUUGGAUCACUAUAUCCUUUGCUAAAGAUUGUUCAUUUUUGUACAUGGGAAGAUUGUUAGAAGGGUUUGGUGUUGGGAUAAUAUCUUAUACGGUACCAGUUUACAUAGCGGAAAUAGCACCACAAAAUAUGAGAGGGGCGUUGGGCUCAGUUAAUCAGCUCUCUGUCACAAUAGGAAUAAUGUUGGCUUACUUGCUUGGACUUUUUGUUCAUUGGAGGGUUCUCGCAGCUCUAGGAGCUUUGCCAUGUCUAGUAUUAAUUCCUGGCCUAUUCUUCAUUCCAGAGUCUCCUCGGUGGCUGGCAAAAAUGGGGAUGACCGAUGAUUUUGAAACUUCUUUGCAAGUUCUUCGGGGAUUUGAUACUGACAUCACCGUUGAAGUAAAUGAAAUCAAGAGAUCUGUGGCAUCAACCAGCCGAAGAACCACAAUCCGUUUUAGAGAACUCAAGCAGAGAAGAUACUGGUUCCCCCUCAUGGUAGGAAUUGGACUGCUUAUGUUACAACAGUUAACUGGAGUUAAUGGUGUUUUAUUCUACUCUAGUACCAUUUUCGCAACUGCUGGAAUUUCCUCUAGCAAUGUUGCUACCUGUGGAGUUGGUGCUGUUCAGGUGAUUGCCACUGGAAUUUCUACUUGGUUGGUUGACAAGGCCGGACGUAGACUACUACUUAUUAUUUCCUCCUCCAUGAUGAUUAUUAGCCUCUUGCUUGUUUCAGUAUCAUUCUUUGUCAAGGAUUUGACUUCGUCUGGUACUACCCUUUACGAAGUAGUGUGCAUUUUGUCAGUCGUUGGAGUUGUGUGCUUGGUCAUCGGUUUUUCACUUGGAUUGGGAUCAAUUCCCUGGAUUAUAAUGUCUGAGAUCCUUCCAGUCAGUAUUAAAGGCUUGGCUGGAAGUGUUGCUACAUUGGGGAAUUGGUUCUGUGCUUGGGUUGUCACAAUGACAGCCAAUUUGCUUUUGAAUUGGAGCAGUGGAGGAACAUUUUUGAUAUACAUGAUCAUGAGUGUGAUCACCUUGAUAUUCACUGUUCUAUGGGUGCCUGAGACAAAAGGAAGGACUUUAGAAGAAAUUCAAUGGUCAUUCAGAUGAGCCUUUACUUUAUUCUUAUUGUGUUAUGUAUUUCCAAUUUUGCCCUCCCACUCAAAUAAUACUUCUUUGCAAGAUUCUAAGAGGAUUGGUAAGAUUAUGGAUUAUUGUAUUUAUUUGUAAUUUUGUAAAACAUAAUCGAUAAAUAUUUUCCAAUUUUAUUGGAUUCAUUAGAUUUAAUUA